AUGAGUCCUCUAACUUCUCUGCUUCUCGUUCCGGCCACCGCCUACAUCGUUUAUGCCGUCGUCAAAUUCCUCCACACAGUAAUAUGGCAACCUUUGCAGACACAGCGGUUCCUCAACUCGCAGGGGCUCAACGGCCCUCCUUACGCUUUCCUCCUAGGAAACGUCAAACAACUCAUUCAGUUCAGAGAGGAAGCGUUGACCAAACCCAUGCCCACUCUUUCCCACGACAUAGCUCACAGGGUCAUCCCUCACAUCUCCGCAUGGACCAAGCAAUACGGAAUUUCGUAUUAUGUUUUGCUGGAAAUAGGGAAGAACUUUGUGUUCUGGAUUGGACCGCGAGCUCAAAUGGUUCUCGGAGACCCAGAUUUAGUCAAAGAAGUUCUAAGCAACAAAAACCGUAUUUUCUCUAAAUCCGACCUGCUGUCUCCUUACCUGCGAAAGAUUUUUGGCCAAGGACUUGCGAUUAACGAAGGUGAAAAGUGGGUUAAGGUGAGAAGAAUGGCAGAUUUCGCUUUGCAUGGCGAGAACCUCAAAGUAAGCUACAGAUCUCGAACUUUUCUUUAA